AGCAAAACGUUUUGUUUAGAAAUUGCGACUCGUAACCACAUAGUACUUUAUUAUAUAUAGAAACUCCAAACGACGUUCUUUACAUUUAAUAUUUUGUGAAUUCUACUUAAAAAAGUACAUUAUUUACUAGGAUAUAUUUGAAUAUUACAUUCCAAACGAAGCAAUUACAAUAACAUGGUAACCUAACCUCACAAAGGACAAUGGGUAUAAAGAAAAAGAAAAACAUUAUCAUAAUAACGUUGUGUGUGGUCAUAAGUUUUAUUAUUUAUCAGCUGUACUUUUUUCUAACCUUAACGUCUGAUGCGGCUCAAGCAAACAAAGUGAUACAAGUCGUGGAUCACAAUAGCAUUAACGAUUUAAUACACAUAAAAUCAGAGGACGAUAAAUUUAUAAACGACAACGGAGUAGUACGCGGUGUUUUUUACACACACGUUAAAUAUUAUCGUCCCAAUUCUAAUUAUGAAUUUAAAUGCAUUUCUUCAAAACAUCAUAUACCUUUUGACCUGGUGAAUGAUGAUUUCUGUGAUUGUGAAGAUGGCACGGAUGAGCCGAGCACAUCUGCAUGCCCGUCUGGCGUGUUUUACUGUGACACACAGCUGAAAAAGAAGCAUUCAAUCUUUUCGAUACCAUCUAGUAAAGUAAAUGAUGGUAUAUGUGACUGUUGUGAUGGUUCCGAUGAAUGGCUACAUGAAAAGAAGCAACUGCUCAGUCAAUCAACAAAGCAACAUUUUAGAUAUUUUGUUUCCAAGUGUCCAAACGUUUGUGAUUAAUUUUUAGAAAAAAAAGUCAUAUUUUAAUCUCUCAACACUCAAGUGGUUUAAUACAACCGUGAUAAUAGAAUAAUAGAUUUCCAAGAAUCGACGAUUGAGGGAUUAAAUUGUUGAAAAAAUGUCUGCUGAUGU